UUGGGGUUUUCUGAUUUUCUCUAACAAAUUGUUCAUCGUCGUCUCCAAAAUCCCUCUUCUUCUUCAACAAACUCAGCCCAACUUUCUUUAAGAUUUCGCUUCUUUCUCUGUUAAAAAACGAUGAAGAAAGUGGGGUUCACUUACAGACUGAUACCGUCCGACGAAGAUUUCGCCAAAUUCGCGGUCAAAUACAACAUUCUCCUGCUCGCGACGCUGAUUUCUCUGUGGGCGAUGGUACUUGGUCGAUCGGGAAAACCAGAUGUCAUCGAUCUCGAGAACUUUGAGAUAUCGGAAGUAACUUUCCGUGAGACGAUGGGGCUAUUGGCUGCGCUGAUGGGAUUUUCUUAUUGGAGGGAAUCUUAUCAAUUUGUCUUUGGCCUUUUUCCUCAUGAAUAUGUUCGGAUUCUGGGGAAUCAUUUGUCUACCGGUUUCUCCUCCGAUUGUUCUCUUGGGUCACCAAUUCGCCAAGCGUUUCCGGUUUGGAAACGGAAAAGAAUCUCAAGCGUAGAGAUGAAGUUGAAGAUGAAGAUAUGGGUUUUUAGGGUUUUUAUGGUUUUAUGAUAUAAUAUUUUACUCAUGAGCUGUGUAGUAUACGUUUUUAGUUGGUUGAUCUAAUCUUCAAGUUUCAAUCUUUGUAAAAAGGCUUGACAAUUCAAAAUCUUUCUUUUCUUGAAUGAGUUUGUAGGGACUGGUUUUGUAUUCGUGUAACGAAGUUGGAGGUUAAAGACAAAAUUGUAGUAUCCGAUUAGCUUUUCUUGGGGUUCUUUAUGAGCAUUUAAUGAAAUUUUGGGAAUG